AUGUGUUCGGCGCGUUUGGCGUCCGCUUGGAAUCGGUGUCUCGUCGUGGAUCACUUGGCCGGCUUGCGCGCGCCGCGCCGGCCAGAUACCGACGCACGCAUGAGCUCCAUCCAUCUCGAAGGUAAAGUCGCGAUCGUCACCGGCGCCAGCCGAGGAAUUGGCGAAUCCAUCGCGACAACAUUUGCGAACAACGGCGCAAAAGUCGUUCUCGCAUCCCGCAAGAUCGAGGGUCUGGAAGCCGUCCGAGAACGGAUCAACGAAGCCGGCGGCGAAGCGAUCGCGGUCGCGUGCCACACCGGUAGCACCGAGCAGAUCGAAGCCCUGAUGGCCAAGGCCGUGGAGGUCUACGGACAGGUCGACGUCCUCGUGAACAACGCGGCCACGAACCCGUACUUCGGCCCGAUGCUUCAGGUGGAUGGCCGGCCGGUCGCCGAACACCUGAUGGCGCGCGGUGCCAAGGGGUCGAUCGUGAACGUCUCGAGUAUCCUCGGUUUGAGGGGCGGACGUUUCCAGGGCGUCUACGCGAUGACGAAGGCGGCGGUGAUUUCGAUGACCAAAACGCUCGCGAUCGAACUCGGUCCAAACAACAUCCGCGUGAACGCAAUCGCGCCGGGCUUCAUCGAGACCAAGUUCAGCCAAGCGCUCGUCGAUAACGACGAGAUCAAGAAGAUGAUCCUCGCACGCACCCCGCUGGGACGAAUCGGCGACCCGGAAGACAUCGCUCCCCUCGCGCUCUUCCUCGCCAGCGACGCCUCCGCCUUCGUGACCGGCGGGACCUACCUCGCUGACGGCGGUAUGAUGGCCGAGUAG